ACUCACCAUGGGCCGGGAACAAGAUUUAUUCUGCGUACACUCAAACUACCUAGCCCUUCUUAAGCCUCUUUUUGAUCUUUCUACGACGAGAGGUCUGACCUCACUUAUACCUCGAAAUCUCCUUACAAGUUUCGACGGAGAAUACAGACUAUCAUUACGAGCCUAUUAAGCAUGGCGACACCUGUACCAGAGAAUAGUAUCUGGUCUCAAAUGAAAUAUGUACCUCCUCGAGGACAGUGUAACUUCAAGACUGGAAUGCUUACAACAUGUACAUGCCGAAGGUUCAUGCUUCAUCCUAUCAAGAUUGCCACUUCGUUCGAAUGCGAUGGCUGUAGUCAUCAUGCAUCGCACCACGAUAUGGAGAACAAGCUCGAGGACGAAAUAGUACGGAGGUGGCAAACAGAGGAAAAAGAAUUAGAGCUCUUGAACAGCACGAAUGCGGCUGGCCGGCCAAAGAAAAGACCAAGAAAUGCAAUUUGUGGACAAAGGCCCACGCGCUUAGCAAACGGGAAGGGUCAGAACUUGCUAGAGGCCGCGCUAGAUGCCAAUCAAGAGGAUUUUGUGAUUGAGGAGGUUGAAAGCGAAGGUACAGUUAGUAGCACAGCAGGCAGACGAGGUGGGCGGAGACAAUGAGCUCGGACAUGCCAGACAUGAGCUCUGAUAAGAGCAUAAUAAUUCAUAUGAGUGAUACGAGGUCCCAAGUACAUUCAGAUCCCGGCGUUGGUUAUGAAGCGGAGAGACAGGUCUAGGGAUUAGGAGUAUAUGCUGCACUCACCACAUUUAAACUGAUACACUCGGGAUUUCUCUAUGAUUAAGCAAAGGUCUCAUAUACACUACCGAGGAACUGCGAUAUAGUAGCCGUGUAGUUAAGCCUCAGCCGGGGUUAUCAUUUGAUAGUAACAUGUAUCAAUCAGUAACACGGGAUUUCAUGAUCU